AUGGUAUCUGGAGGUUCUAUGGUUAGCACUGACGGUCAGGAUGGGGCAGAUGAGGAGGAAGAUGACAAAAUUGGCGCCCUUCCAGAGACGCUAUCCUGGAAAGAUGGCACAGGAGAAACGAAGAAGUCCAUAUCUUGGAUAUCGAUGAAUGCAAAAAUACAGACAUUGAAGGAUUCAUGCAGCAGCGACAACGAGAUCCUCCUAGCCCACUCAGCUAGGAGUCAGGCACGAGUUCAACACGCUACGGAAGAGGUCCAGUUGGUCUGGGAGGAGAUGAGGCAAACGCUGGCUUUCUUGGAGUGGAAGGCUGGCUGGUGGGAUCAGCGUCGGAUGGCUCGCACCCACAUAACAAACGACCUACGAGAGGGAAUCAAUGCCUAUGCCCUGGAUCAAGCCCACCUCCAAUGA